UUCUUUUAGCUGCGUAGAUUACUGCGAUUACUUCCAGCAAAUAACAAUGGAAUCAACUCCGUUGACUACCAAGGAACCAGCAGAUGAAACAAAAAACGAGUCCGCUGAAAAGAAUGUUCGACACCGUAAGAAAUAUAAAUAUAACGCCAUUCGAUCUCAGAUGGAAUUCUAUUUUUCGGACGCCAAUCUCUCCAAGGAUAGGUAUUUGGGACAAAGCAUUAAAAGCGAUCCAUUCGUUCCACUUUCGGAAUUCCUCAAGUUCAAUCGGAUCAAGAAACUGACGGAAAGUGUAGAGGAUAUCGUUACAGCACUGAAAAAGUCUGAAUUACUGCAACUUUCCGACGAUCGUACCAAGGUGCGUCGGGUAACGGAACAUGCAGAACGGCCCAAUUGUGAGGCAUGCACGAUCUAUGUCGAAUGUUUGCCUCCGAAGGCAGAUCACGACUGGGUGCGAAAUGUGUUCUCGACUUACGGCAAAGUGGCAUACGUCUCGCUGCCCAAGUUCAAGUACUCAAAGAAAAUCAAAGAGUUUGGGUUUGUCGAGUUUGAGGAGGAACCCAGUGUGGAACGAGCGUUGAAAACCUUUCAGGCCUUCGGCGGUGUGCUAAGCUUUGAGGGCACUGAACCGGACAAACUGGUCAGUAUUACAAGCUUCAGUAAGGAAAAGGAGGAGGAGGAAAAAUACAAAGCAGAGGGCGGUGCAGGCAUGAAGAACGUGGAAGAGGAGCAUCCGGAAGUAGACAAGUCCAAACGAGAGGGUGACAAAAAUGAUGGAGAUGAAUUCCCGGAGCCACCAGCGAAGCGUAUUAGAACGGAAGAUGACGAUAGUUCCGAGUCGGAUGUCAACAAAGAUAGUGGCAAUGAGGAAAUGCACAGUGAAAGCGAGACAAAGGGGGCUGGUGACGGAAACAACGCGGAUAAAGAUCAGGAUGGAAAGAAAAAGAGGCGACGCCGGCGAGGACCAAGCGGAAUUAAGAAGGAAAUCCAACAGGACGAUAAAGUUUACGAAUUAAAGAUUAUGCCAAAAAAAGAAUGGAAACGACUGCGUAACAAAUAUCUGAAUCUACAGCGAGAGGAAGCCAAGAAGCUAAAGAAAUUGUUUGGACAGCCGAAUAAAUUCAACAAACCGAGUAAAACUCGCACCCCGAACCAGACGCCGGCACACGUGGCGAAGACGAUUAAAUCCUCACCGCGUGUUAACUUCUACGGAGCCCUGACGGAUGAGGAAGCGGCAGCCGAAGCUAUCAAGCUGGAAGAGCAAGAUCAGCAGAGCAAGCAGCCGCUUUUCUCCUUCGAACCGGGACUGAUAGUAAACGUAAAAUUUCGCAUUCCUUGUGCAAAUAUUAAGGACUUUAAGGCGGAACUUCGGCAGUACGCUUACGUAAAGUAUAUCGAUUUGAAGGAAGGUGACAUGGAAGCGUUUGUGCGUGUGGAUAGCCCCAGUUCGGCUAAUCAACUGGUAAAGGAGUACAAUUCGGCGGAGCACAGUGCGCAGAUUCUCAGCGGCGAAACCGAAAAGGACUAUUGGGACAAGAUUGCGCGAGAUCGGGAUGAUAAGUUGAACAAAAAAGUGAAAGUCGAGAAGGUACGAGGCCGAACUAAGCUGAUGAAAAAGGUCAACACGCACAUCAAGUUUGAUGAUGACGACUGAAUUGGGAACAUACAGUUACAGUUAUUGAUUUGUAAUUUUGAUUUUAUUAACAAAAUAAAAUAAACUCGUU